AUGGGGCAGAAAGACGCCCGGGCACCUCAGAACAACGAUUCAAUGAGAAAGCCACAGCAGACCAGCGGAACCCCUGCCGAAACCUACACCAAAGAAAUGAACAUGGCCACAGACACCGAAAAUAAGGAACAAGCCGAGAUCUACGAACGAUUUUGUACCAACGUGGCCAACGAGUCGCGACCAUCCAAUCAACGCAAGACUCGUCCCAAGUGGAUUGAAAAAGAUCAAUAUCCCGGUGCCGACUUCGACAUAUGCAACCCCUACGGGACAGAGAGCAACGCCCAGGCCCCUUUCAAGAGCAACCAGGCCCCUUUCCAGGGCAACCAGGCCCCCUACGGGGUCGGUCGCCGCCAGCGCAGCGAGGGAGGAGCCUAG